GACCGACUAGCCUUUUCGAUCUUACCAGACGCGAGUUUGCUUUGUUGAGUUUGUCGAACUUUCCAUGUCGAAGAUCCAUACAGGGUUUGAAAAAAUUUAAACAGUUUUCAAAUAUUAGCUAUCGUUCCUGAUUAAUUUCUAUAGUAGAGGAUCAAUUGAUCGAAUUAUACGAUGGAAAUUUUUGAGAAUCGUUCGAACUUUGAUUGCGAUCUCGAUUAUGUGCCCUCUGCGAUCGAGCAUGUAGAAAGUUUAGGUACAUUUGCAAUUGUCCUGGUAUGCAUUGGAGCAAUAUUUUCAACUAUGACGUUAUACUUGGCCAUAGAUGCUACUUGCAACGUUCUUUCGCAAAAAGAAACGGGUCUUUACAAAUCUAAUGUCAUUAGCAUUUUAUUGAUAUAUCCGAUAGCGAGUAUUUGCAGUUUGAUAGCGAUAGCAAUGCCAAGGGCACAAUUAUUAUCGGAGGCAGUCACUCAAGUUUUCUUGACAGUGUCUUUUUAUCGUCUGUAUCUUCUUCUUAUCGACGUUGGUCGUCGAAAAAUAACGAAAGCGCCCUUGUUGAUGCUGAAAGUUGGCCCUUGCUGUUGCUGGCCAUGCUUACCCUUUCCUAAUCUCGAUAUGAUAGAUUCUCGUUUAACUUGGAUUCGAUUGAUUAUUCUUCAACUUCCUAUUAUACAGGGUUUACUAUACUUCAUCAUGCUGAUUAUGGCUUUGGAUGAACAAUAUACAUUACCAACGUACUCUGAAUGGUUUCAACCAUUCAUAGUGAUUAGUAUACUAUUUGCAUUGUAUGGUUUAACGAUCACCACGAAAAGUCUACAUGCCGUAGCUCCAGAAGCCAAACUGAAUUUUAAAACUGCGGUGUCUCAGAUGGUCUUGAUGUUUUCCAAAGCCCAAGCUGGUAUUAUUAGGAUUCUCACUUACACCGGCAUCUUUCCUUGCAGGCCACCAUUGUCACCGAAAAUUUAUUCCAAUGUGACGCAAAAUACCCUGAUGCUAAUCGAAAUGCUGCUGCUCUGUGUUGCGGCGAGGUAUCUUUAUUAUGUCGACCUGGAAGGAAAAAAAAAUUCGUUGACAACAGAUCGGCCAAAAGACAAGCUGCACAAUAUGACGAAUAACAAGGACGUACCUGAACAAGUUUCAACAAAGAUCGCUAUUGUUUAUAACUCUUGAAUAAUAAGAACAAUCUUUCUAUUACUUAUUUGUUUCAAGAGUAAUAGAGAGAGAGAGAGAGAGAGAGAGAGAGAGAGAGAGAGAGAGAGAGAGAGAGAGAGAGAGAGAAAGAGAGAGAGAGAGAGAGAGACUUUUUUAUAUCUUUUAAUCACUGAAUAUGGAAUUGGUGCAAUUCUUCAAUCGAAUCUUACUUUGGAAACAUUCUUACUUUAGUGUCGUUAGUAUUUCUUCUACAUAAAAAUAGAUGCACUUUUUUUAUAGAUUGUUAAUAAUUUUUACUAAGUAGUUGAAUUUUUAUUAAAAGACAAAUAAGUGAUCUUCUAUAAAAAGAAAUCUUAUAGGCACGUUCCUAUAUGACAAAGUAAAGUAUUUCUUACUUAG